GAAAAAAUGGAAGUAAUCUGUGGAAAGAGAAAAGACAUGGUGUAAUUGAAAUGAAAGAAGAAGUUAUAUUAAGACAUGCACAUAAUCAUCCUAGUGAUCCGCAUAUUAUUGAGACUUACAAUUUAAAAAAAGAAAUGAUCAAGAUAAGCAGAGAAAGUGGUGCAACAAACAAAGAAAUAUUUGAUUGUAUUUCUCGAACAAAUCCUGUUGCUGCANCAACUAUUUCUUAUUGUUCUGUGAGAUCAAUGUUAUUAAGAGAAAAACUGAAGUUUCGACCGCCAUUGCCACAGACUAUUUGUGACUAUGACAGCUUUCUCCAGCAGUAUGACGCUACAAAACUUAUUUAUAAAGGGUAUGCUUUAUCGGAAGAUAACAAAUAUUGNUAUAUAUUUAGUACAAACAAACUUCUAAAAAUAUUAGAAGACAGCGAAGAAAUGUUCAUAGAUGGUACAUUUUCUAUCCUACCUAGAACACCUCAGUUCGCGCAACUGUUUUCUGUACAUGUGCGAUACAUGGAUAAGGGCAUUGCAGUAUUAUUUAUUCUAUGUGAAGAAAAGUCGCAAUUGGUUUAUAAAUCUAUGUGGAAGGAAAUAGUCAAAUUAGCUCCAAACAUACAACAAAAUAUACGCUUUGUAAUGAUGGAUUACGAAAGAGCAUCGAUGAAGGCUGUACAAGAACAAUUUCCUCAAGCAUCUAUAAGAGGGUGCUGGUUCCAUUAUUGUCAGGCAUUAAUGAAGAAAUGGAAACAAUUAGCACUUUUGACAGCGCCACGUACAAUUUUAUCUAUGGCUAUGACAUUAGCUCUGGCUCCAUCUGAAAUGUUCUGCCAUGGAUUAAACCUUAUCCAAAUAAUUGCAAAUGAGAAAUAUGAUAAAUAUCCUAGUAUGUUGCUCUUCAUAAAGUAUAUGAGAAGCACUUGGCUUCCAAUUGCGGAAAAGAUAAGUGUGUAUGGAUGUCCUAUCAGAACAAAUAAUCUUGUGGAGUCAUUUCAUAAUACUAUUUUAAGAAAGAUGCGAACGGUUCAUCCAAAUAUGUGGAUAUUUCUAGACGACACAUACGAAACUGAUGAGAUUUGUAGCAAUCUAGUUACAGAAAAAUCUGGUAAAGAUAUCUGA